AUGUCAAUGUCUCUUGACGUUCACCACUCCUCAGGGCACAGUCCCGGGGUCAAUGGUGGCCAGCUCUGGCUCAAGUUCGCGCGGCGCAUAUACCACCCAUUCGGCUUCAAGAGGGGGUACAACUUCAUACUCUUCGUCAUACUCGUCGGGGCCCUCAUGGGGUUUGUGCUUGCCCGGCUCCAGUACUUGAACAUUGACGGCAUCUUUCUGAAGAGUACCAUUCCAGGAGAUGCGAUUCACUAUCAGUCAGGUUACAAGCGGGUCGGGAUCAUCCUCCAUCUCGCUUGUAUCCUCCCGGCAGGUUUCUUAGUCUGCUUCCAAUUCGUUCCUGCGAUCAGGCAUAAAUUCGUGCUCUUCCACCGAUUGAACGGCUACACCGUUGUCCUUUUGCUGUUGACCGGCACCGCAGGCGCCUUCAUGGUGAUUCCCAUCGCAGGAGGCGGAUCACCGUCUACCCAAGCCGGCCUUGGUCUGCUGGGAACCAUGACCACGGUCUCGGUGGUGCUGGCAUACGUCAACAUCAAACGCCUGCAGAUCGACCAACACCGGGCAUGGAUGAUCCGGACCUGGGUCUACGCGGCGAGCAUCGUCUCGGUGCGCCUGGUCCAGAUGGCCGCCAACACCUUUAUCGCCCAGCACCAGCAGGGCCACUGGUUCGACGUGCAGACGUGCGGCGACAUCUGGAAGCAGUACACCUUGUACGGCGCUCCGCCUGGGCCGGGUAAUCCCACCCCAUACCUCUACCCGGAGUGUACGGCGCCAAACUCGAGCGCACCGGUGGUCAUCAAAGCCAACGUGCACGGGCCCGGCCCCGAGUUCGUCACGGCCUCGUUCCACCUCACGUUCGGCAUGUCGGUGUGGCUUUGUCUGGCGGUCCACGCCAUCGGCGUCGAGACGUACCUGAAGCUGACCCCGGCGGAGGGCGAGAGGCUAAGGCUCGUCAGUUACGAGAGGCAGGUCGAGGCCGGUUUCAAGCAUCCCGGCCGGGCAGGUUUGACCGUGGACAGGUUUGGGGAUGUUCUGGCCCGGGACGCCAUCGGCCAAGCCAAAGCCAGUCAGAGCUCGGCUGAGUCAAAGGGCGUGGUUGCCCGCGUGGACGAGUGA